CCAAGCUAGCCUACAACCUACUUUACGUGCAGGCUAUCUUGUUUUGUGGUUAGUGAACGUCAGUGCUAGAUGGACAAGGAGGACAGUCAGGAGGUCGAAAAUGCCCCGCUUAAAACCAGUGAUGUGUACACAGUCGAUAAAAAUCUUCCCGAGAGGUUUAACAAUCCUGACUGCUUCCGAGGCUACAGCACGCGGAGGUCCAACCCACUCUACCAGACCACAAACCAACAAUACGGGAGCAAGAAGCCCACAGUCCAUGAAAUGCCUGUGACGUUCAACGGGAGUUAUCGGAGAUUCUCUGAGCCCCUGCUGAAGAGUGGAAUGUACCGAGAUAGCGGUUUCAACACCUCCCUGGAGAAGAGCGUCGUGGCGCGGCCACACCCCAUCCCCCUGCUCACACACACACACACACACACCAUCCCCCUGCUCACCCCACACGGCUCUCACCCAGCCCACGGGAAGGAGCCAGCCAGCCAGCCAUGAGGCGCAGGGACAUCCCAAUGAGUGUGUGUGUGUGUGUGUAUGCAUGUCAGUGUGUGUUUGUGUGUGUGUGUGUGUGUGUGUACAUCUGGCUCGUAGUGUCGGGACUUCACACGUCGCCAGACUGCACCUGCUGCUUUGGAUGAAGCUCAAUAAAUGUUCCACCAGUGAUUAGACAGAGUUACAGUUGAUGCAUUUAAACCGUGUGUGUUACAGUUGAUGCGUUUAAACCGUGUGUGUUACAGCUGAUGCAUUUAAACCGUGUGUGUUACAGUUGAUGCAUUUAAACUGUGUGUGUUACAGCUGAUGCAUUUAAACUGUGAGUGUUACAGUUGAUGCGUUUAAACCACAUGUGUUACAGCUGAUGCAUUUAAACCGUGUGUGUUACAGUUGAUGCGUUUAAACUGUGUGUGUUACAGUUAAUGCGUUUAAACCACAUGUGUUACAGCUGAUGCAUUUUAAACCUUGUGUGUUACAGCUGCUGUUUGCAUGUGGGCUUGGUUUCUGCAGUUGGGGGUGGAAUGUUCUUGAGUGAGUGAGUUUGAUCCAGAACAGGGUUUUGGGCUCAGAGUGUGUGUGUGUGUGUGUGUGUGUGUGUGUGUGUGUGUGUGUGUGUGUGUGUGUCUUAUUUUUACAGCAUUUAACCACCAAUCUCUGAUCUGUUUGUGAAGACACUGGAUUUUAGUAGCACAUUCUAUUUGUUCAAUUAAAAUAAAUACCA